GGUAAGAUGGGUGCUCCUGGAUUCCCUGGUAUCAACGGCAUUCCUGGUGAUUCUGGACCUGCUGGUUUGCCUGGUCUGCCUGGCUUUGAAGGUCCCGGAGGUCUUCCUGGUGACAAGGGACAAAAGGGUGAACCUGCCACUGGAAACAAAGGAAUUAAGGGUGAUCGUGGUGACGAUGGACUGCCUGGACUUCCUGGUCUGCCUGGACCUUCUGGACCUAUUGGACCCAAGGGUGACCGUGGCUUGCCUGGUCUUCCCGGUCUGGACGGUAUCCCUGGUGGAAAGGGAGACAAGGGAGACAUGGGUAUCGGCAAGUUUGGUCUGAAGGGAGCCAGAGGUAUGAAGGGAGAGAAAGGUGCACCCGGACCUAUGGGCCCCUUCUCCAAGGAGCCCCAGACUUUGAUCUCUGGAAAGGGACCAAAAGGACAAAAGGGAGAGAAAGGAGGAAUGGGUUUGAAGGGUAUGAUUGGUAAUGAUGGAGAUCAAGGAGAGAUUGGACGACGUGGUUCUCCGGGUGUUCCAGGAAUGGUUGGUGAGAAGGGAGUUCCCGGUAUUGCUGGACCUAGGGGUAAACAAGGUAUCUCUGGAUUGCCCGGUCUUCCUGGACCUAAGGGAGACAGAGGUAUGGACGGUCUGCCCGGCUUGCCCGGUAUGGUUGGCAUGAAGGGAGAGCGUGGUCUGCCUGGUCUGGAUGGACCUGGGGGACCUGAGGGACCCAGAGGAUUGCCCGGAGGCAAAGGCAACGUUGGUCAGGUUGGUCCCCGGGGUUUCAAGGGUGAGCGAGGAUUCCCAGGUGAGCCCGGUAACCCAGGCUUCCCCGGACCCAAGGGAGAACAAGGUGUUGAGGGACCCAGAGGAGGACCCGGUAUCCCCGGACCUGUUGGAUCUGAUGGACAAGACGGACCAAAGGGAGGAAAGGGAGACCGCGGCUCACGUGGUCUGAACGGUCUGGACGGACGCCCCGGAGUGCCCGGUCGUCAAGGACCUAAGGGAGACCCCGGCCUGAAGGGAGAGCCUGGACGCACCAUCUCUGGAGCCCCAGGUCCAUCUGGUCUGCCCGGUCUGGAUGGUAUCCCAGGAGGCAAGGGAGAGUCCGGUCUGCCUGGUCUGCCUGGAGUCCCCUGCGAGUCGCCCAAGGGCCGACCCGGACCUGCUGGACUGAAGGGAGAUAAGGGAUCCCAGGGUUUCCCUGGUCUUCCCGGUAGAGACGGUAUUCAGGGUGACAGAGGUUUCAAGGGUGACCUUGGUGGUCUUUGCGAGCCUACUGUGAAUGGUGCCAAGGGAGAGAAGGGAGGCGCUGGCCGUGACGGUCUGCCUGGCCUGCCUGGAGACAGAGGAUUGUCUGGCCUGCCCGGACAGAAGGGAGAGCCAGGAGAGGAUGGAUCUCAGGGUCUGCCCGGUCUACCUGGUAGCAGGGGAAAUGAUGGAGAAGCUGGAUUGCCUGGUCUGCCUGGACAGAAGGGAGAGCCAACCCCAGUAACUGUUAUCGACGGACCUCCAGGUUACAAGGGAGACAUUGGUGAGCCUGGUCUGCCCGGAGAGCCUGGCCGUCUUGGAAGAAGUGGACCUCAAGGACCCCCUGGAGCCCCUGGACUGCCCGGACCCAAAGGAGAUAGGGGUAUCAAGGGACUGCCUGGCAUUGAUGGCCGACCGGGUCUGCCUGGAGAAGGUGGACUUCCUGGUGCCCGUGGUGACCCUGGCAUCGGACUUUCUGGUCUGCCCGGUGACCGUGGUGACCCUGGUAUGAACGGACUGCCUGGUCUGCCCGGAACCCCUGGACCCAAGGGUGUGCCUGGACUGCCUUCCCCUGGAGCAAAGGGCACUAAGGGUGACCCUGGCCUUGCUGGUUUGCCUGGACGUUCUGGACCUAAGGGAGAGCCUGGAUUCCCCGGACCUAAGGGUGAUCCUGGUAUGAGCGGCUUGCCUGGUCUUCCCGGAGAGAAGGGAGAUUUCGGUCAGUCCGGUCUGCCUGGCUUGGAUGGACCAAGAGGUCUUCCCGGACCCAGAGGAGAGAAGGGCCUGCCUGGACUGCCUGGACUGCCCGGUAUUGAUGGACCCAAGGGAGGUCGCGGUCUCGACGGAUUGCCUGGAGAGGAAGGUCGCCCUGGUGAGCCCGGUAUCCCUGGCCAGACCAUCCAAGGAGACAAGGGAGAGCGUGGAGGUCCUGGACUGCCUGGCUUGGAUGGAGCACCUGGACUCCGAGGACCCGAUGGACCCUCUGGACUUCCCGGCAUUACUGGAGAGAAAGGUUACGGUGGAGAGCCUGGACUGCCCGGUCUGCCCGGCCGUGACGGAGCCCCCGGAGAGCCCGGACCUAUUGGAGAGACAGGACCCCGUGGAGAGUCCGGUCUGCCCGGUCUUGACGGUAUCCCAGGAACUGCUGGCAUCAAGGGUGAGGGUGGUCUGCCUGGCCUGCCUGGACUGAGUGGUGCCAAGGGAGAGCCUGGAGAGUCUGGCCUGCCUGGACAGAGUGGACUUCCUGGUCUGGAUGGACCCAGAGGACCUCCUGGACGCCCCGGAAUGGACGGACUGCCUGGAUUCCCAGGUGAGAAGGGAGAUGUCGGUCUGUCUGGACUUCCUGGUGAGCCUGGACGUGACGGUGGCCCUGGCGCCAACGGUGUCCCUGGAUUCAAGGGAGCUAAGGGCAACUCUGGUCUGCCUGGAGAAAAUGGACUGCCUGGACUUGAUGGUGUGAAGGGAGAAAGUGGUCUGCCUGGACUGCCCGGACAACCUGGUGUUGAUGGUGAGCCUGGUCGCCCUGGACCUUCUGGCCUUAAGGGAUCUUCUGGACUUCCUGGACUGCCUGGACAAGAUGGACAACCAGGUCUGCCCGGUCUGGAUGGUCUGAAGGGAGAUGUAGGAGAGCCUGGGUUCGGAGAGCCAGGCCGCCCCGGCAGAGAUGGAGAAAGAGGAGCUGAUGGAGAGCCAGGCUUCCAAGGACGUCCCGGAGAGAAGGGAGAUGGUGGCCUGCCAGGAUUCCCAGGACAGAAUGGUGAUAAGGGUAUUUCUGGUGAGCCUGGUCGCCCUGGACUGCCUGGUAUUGAUGGACUUCCAGGACCUGAGGGUCAGCCUGGUGCUCCUGGUGAUAAUGGCUUCCCCGGCUUGAAGGGAGACCCUGGACUGAGAGGCCUGGACGGUCGCCCCGGAGAGUCUGGAGUGCCCGGAGACAAGGGCGAGCCCGGUAUGCCUGGAUUCCCCGGACUGAAGGGAGAUCGUGGACGCGAUGGACGUGAUGGAGAACCAGGUAUUCCUGGAGUUAAGGGUGACUCUGGACAGCCUGGCUUGCCUGGACUGAGAGGAUUAGACGGAACUAAGGGCAAUGCUGGAUUCCCUGGCGAGCCUGGAAUCCCUGGUGAACCUGGAGUUGAUGGCCUGAAGGGACAAGAUGGUCUGCCUGGACUCCCAGGACCCAAGGGAGAUAGAGGUUUGUCUGGUAAUGAUGGACUGCCUGGUCUGCCUGGUAUGUCCACUCAGGGCUUGAAGGGAGAGCCUGGACGUGAUGGUGGCUCCGGACGUGAUGGAUUCCCCGGACAGAAGGGAGAGCCAGGUCUGCCUGGUCUUGAUGGUCUGCCUGGAAGCAAGGGAGAUCCUGGAGAUGUAGCCCAGCCUGGACUCAGAGGAUUCAAGGGUGAACCUGGAUCUUCUGGACUGCCAGGACUGGAUGGCCCACCAGGUGAGGAUGGAGCCCCUGGUCUGCCUGGCUUCCCCGGACUGAAGGGAGACCAAGGCCUGGACGGAAUCCCCGGAGACAAUGGACGCCCAGGUCUCCCUGGAGCAACUGGACCUAAAGGAUUUGAUGGCCGACCUGGUGCCCCUGGCCUGCCUGGUCCUAAGGGCGACCCUGGACUUCCUGGUCUGACCGGUGGCCCUGGACAGAAGGGAGAUGUUGGCUUGAAUGGACUUCCUGGUGAACCCGGACCCAGAGGUGACGACGGACUCCCAGGUCUUCAAGGAACCCCAGGUGUCUGUGACUACCGCUUGAUCCCAGCUGGACCCAAGGGAGACCCUGGUCUUGAUGGACUCAAUGGCUUGCCUGGACUCCGUGGAGAGCCCGGUCUUCGGGGACCACCAGGUCUGGUUGGUCCUGAGGGAGAUAAGGGAGCUGCUGGUGUUCCUGGCUUCCCCGGAGAGAUCGGUGUGCAAGGAGAAAGAGGUCGCGAUGGUCUUCCAGGUGUUGAUGGUGUCCCAGGCAGCGAAGGUCCCAAGGGUAACCGCGGUCCCCCUGGUGUGCCAGGAGCAACCCCACCAACUGGCUACUUGAUGGUUCGUCACUCCCAGUCUCGCGAUGUGCCACAGUGCGCUCCUGGACAGUCCAAACUCUGGGACGGAUACAGUCUGCUGUACAUUGAGGGCAACGAGAAAUCUCACCACCAGGACCUUGGCUGGGCUGGCUCCUGUCUGCCUCGCUUCAGCACCAUGCCCUUCCUGUUCUGUAACAUGAACAACGUGUGCAACUACGCCUCUCGCAACGACCGUUCCUACUGGCUGUCCACCAACCUCCCUAUCCCCAUGAUGCCCGUGGUGGAGAACGAGAUCCAGCCUUACAUCAGUCGCUGUGUGGUUUGUGACGCUCCAGCCAACGUGAUCGCUGUCCACAGCCAGACGGUUGCUAUCCCAGACUGCCCACGAGGAUGGUCCAGCCUUUGGAUCGGAUAUUCAUUCGCUAUGCACACAGCAGCAGGCCCAGGCGGCGGCGGUCAAUCACUGUCCAGCCCUGGCAGCUGUCUAGAGGACUUCCGUGCCACCCCCUUCAUCGAGUGCAACGGUGCCAGAGGCACCUGCCACUACUUUGCCAACAAGUACAGCUUCUGGCUGUCCACCAUUGAGCAGAACGAACAGUUUACACAGCCUCGUAGCCAGACGCUCAAGGCAGGCAACUUGAGGACUCGCGUCAGUAGAUGCAACGUUUGUAUUAAGAAUGUGUGAGAGCAGGGAGCCCAGCGCACAUUGUUGGGGUCUCUAGUAUAGUGCUUAUAUAUAUUUUGUUCUGUUUGUUUUUAUUUUUCACGUAAGUCGGUUUUUUUUUUCUCGGUUUAAAAUGGUUGUCAUUUUUCAUCUUCAUCCCAAGUGAAUGAAUAAAAGGAAAACAACAGAGUAUUCACUCUACACUUCAUAUGAAGGUCAAGCAAUCUCUAUCAAUGGUGCUAUUUCAUUCUAUGCAAAUUUGCUGGUAGUGUUAUCUCAAAGUUUGGAAAGUUUACCAACUUUAUGAGCAGUAGCAUAUUUUUGUAUAUUUACUUAACGUAAACCAAAAACGUUGAUUUACAUAUAAAUAUAUAUAAAAAUAUAUAUAUUACACAUAUACAUCAUUAACCCUGUCAAGUUGUCUGGUCAGAUCAGAAUAUUUGGUGCAAAAGUGAGAAUGUGUGUGCUAUUGAAUCAUGCUUUUGUAUAAAAGUCAGAUGUGCAUAAUCUAAUCUUGGCCAUGUAUCUGUUUUUCAUAAUUAAUGGCAAACCGUUUUGUGCCUUAAGGGUGAUAACUAGCGCAUGUUAUCACACUGUUUCUAAGAUACUGGUGCAAUGUCUGCGAUUUGCUGCUCAAUUUGAACUUUCAUUUUUUUUCUUUCUAAGGCAUCUGGUCUUUUUUUGGUUUUUGGUUGGUUUUUUUGUUUUUUUUUGGUAAUGUUAUUACUCUUUAGUUAUUAUUAUAACUAUUAUUAUUCAUUAUAUCACCAAAUGAAUAGCUAAGUCUGUGGAAGAUCUGUUUUCAGGGCAACUGAACACUUUUUUAUUUCAGAACCGUGGACCAUUUAUCUAAUAAAAACAAAAUUCUGGUUCACUUGGAGUAUUCUCAAAAUCUUUUUCCAAAGCUAUUCCUGUUUCUGUUUCCGUCUAUUUCGCAUUCGAAAAAUAAGACAGAAGCUUGAAGAGCAAGAUUCAAAAGGCUCGAAUCUUGCACUUGCCCUGGCAAACAGGUCCCCCAAGGCUUGUUAAGGCAACUCUGAGAAAGAUUAGGUAUGAAACGAAGAUGAAGCCCCACAUGUUUCAACGAGGGUUCAGACAGAAAGGAAAAGAUUGAAAUACAAACAAGGGCUCUGCAAAAUGUCUCAGAUUUUUCCUGAGCAUGCAAGUACUGUUUUCUGGUUUGGUUUUUAUUAUCAAGUGACAUUUUUUUGUGCAGAACAUAACAGGAUAUGUUCCUGGAAACCAUGCUACCUGUGAUUAACAACCCACUCACUGCCAGCACCAAACCGAUAUUAUUUCUAAACACUUCAUACCAACAGCACAAUGGUGAUACAUUUGUCUUCCAUCAAUCCUACCAUGUAGCAGAAUAACUUCCUGUAACUGUCUCCAUCUCUAUUUAUGUUCACAAUAUCUCAACAGAUUGUUUUUGUGCAGACUAGAUCAAAGAAAUGUUUAACGUUAUCGCAAAUGAGUCAUGGAGAGAGCAGCUGUGGAAACGUCUUUCUACGCUGCAGAAAGGAUUAUUUUUAUGGUCACGGAAUUCUGCCCCUGUGAUUUGAAAAGUGAUGACAUAAUGUGACCUGUAUUUACACCGGUUCUCGAUCUGAUAGGAUUUUUGGUAAUAUCUGAUAUUGUAUCAAAUUGUUUUGGGGUUCUUUUUCCUUCCCCUUCAUAUUUGUACAAAACUGUUUUCAAAUGCAAUGGAUCUGAUCUGUUUUUCUUUUUUUGUUUAUGUUCUUGUUUUUUUCUUAUUUCACUAAAUUCAUUCAAUAUUUUCCUUUUUGGUGGAUGAAGCAAUGAUCAAUCAUUCUUUUGUUUUAUUUUCUUUUCAUAGUAUUUUUUUCCUCGCUGUUGCAAGUUGGGAUGAAAGAUUUGGGCCUGGUACGACUGACAUUUUCUUUUACAUGAGUGAAUAAGCAAAUGUAAUUACAACUUCUUCUUUGAUGUAUUUGUGUUAACAAACAUAACAAAGGUGCUAUAAUAUUCUGUCAUUAUUUUACUUCAGUGCUUUAUGAUAAAAAGUAUGUCCAACACCUUGGUUUUUCUUCCUUGGUAGGAAUCUUGAAUAAGUUUCAUUUUGUCAGCUGCUCAUUAUAAGUCAGAUAAAAGUAAAUUUAAUUUAUAAGGAAAUGUUUAACUCUUUACAACCUCAGAACUGUGCCUAAUUACAAGUCGAUCAAUGGUUUAGGCAGUUCAAUAUUCAAAUAAAAGUCUCUUUACAAUAGAA